CCGGCGGCUUCGGGCCGUUUUGAAACCCAGUCUCCAAGAGCCGUCUUCUACAUUGACCACCAAUCAUAACCAUGAAGGAUGUCUUAAAGGAUGCUAACUUCCCUAGAACUUCUGACUUGAGAGUUUAUCAUCUCGGAUUGAGACCAGGUGAAGUGGCCAACAGAAUUGUCACUGUGGGCUCGCCAUCCCGGGCACGUACGGUUGCUCAACUCCUGGACAAUGUGCCAAAACCGUUCAAGCUCGAAUCUGAACGAGGGUUUCUAACGAUCACCGGCCGAUACAAAGGAACGCCUGUGUCUAUCAUGAGCAUUGGGAUGGGCUCUCCUAACAUGGAUUUCUUUGUUCGCGAAACCAGGGAAUGCUUGAGCGGUGACAUGUUGAUCAUUCGCCUAGGGUCCUGCGGUUGCCUGAUCGACGCUCCAGUGGGAACCGUUGUGGUUCCAAAGGCUUGCGUAGCGGUCACUCGAAACGUCGACUUUGAUUUCGUGAAUCCAGACACAUGUGUAGAUCCACCAUAUAGAAUCAGCAAGCCCGUGUACGGGGAUCCAGAGUUUCACAUCCAGGUCAAAAAAUCUCUGGAGGCGGCUAAACCGAUGCAUUCGGAAUGUGCAAUAUUGGGAGACACAGUCAAUGCCUCAGCCGAUAGUUUUUACUCCUCGCAGGGCAGGCUGACAUCCUUUCCCGAUCACAAUGACAUUGUUAUUGAGCAACUACUCACGAUCCCUGACAUGACGACUCUAGAAGUAAACAUCCCAACGUUGGCGUAUAUUCAACUAACUUCUUUCCGUAGAUGGAAACCCACCACCUCUAUCAUCUGGCGGCAUGCUGGGGAAGACGAAAGGAAACACAAAGAACUUUUGAUUCUCCCUUGACUACGAGUCCGGUCUCACCAAAACUCCUUCAAUCUUCACCGGUCGUUCAGACUGGCGCAACCUCAAUGGACUCUACAUCUCCGUUGGCUGGUCUCGAUACCGUGAUCAGGGUCUCGGCUGCACAUAUGGUCUUUGCAAAUCGCUCCUCUCGAGACUUUAUCAGUCCAGAACAAGUCUCUGAACUCGAAAAAUGGACAGGCAAGGGUGUUCUCGAUGCACUGGUUGAAACAAACAUCAGCUCAGACCGACACCAUCCUGAAAAGGACAGUGUGUGGGAAAUUCGCUAAACUUCGACAGCGGACGAGUCCGUAGUGUUUAGCGUUUUUGCAGUCGUCAAUUUACAAGGCCUGCAAGUACUGUAAAACAAUAUUAUAAUACCUUCCUGCUGUCACCCCUCUGCUCUUCCUGCACUCGAGUCCGAUUCGUAUCUAGUCCGGGGUUACGCACUCACUUAGCCGACACUCCUGUCUCCGGAUACCCAUAUACCAAGUAACUCAAUUC